AUGGCUCUGGCAAAGGUUCCUGGGACCUGCCUGCUCACCGUUCGUGUCCUACAGGCCCAUGGCCUGCCCUCGAAGGACUUAGUGACCCCCUCUGACUGCUACGUAAGCCUUUGGCUGCCCACAGCCUCUAGCCACAGGCUCCAGACUCGCACAGUCAAGAACUGCAGAAAUCCCAUCUGGAAUCAGAGCUUUCGCUUUCGAAUCCAUAGCCAGCUCAAGAAUGUCUUACAGCUGCAAGUCUUUGACCAGGACCUUCUGACCAGUGAUGACCCCAUGUUGUCAGUGCUGUUUGACGUGGGGACUUUGCAGGCUGGGGAGUUCCGCCGAGAGAGCUUCUCACUGAACCCUCAGGGCGAGGAGCGGCUAGAAGUUGAAUUUCGGCUGCAGAGACUGACAGACUGUGCCGAGCAGCUUGUCAGCAAUGGCAUCCUGGUGGCCCGGGAGCUCUCCUGCUUGCACGUUCGACUGGAGGAGACAGGGAACCAGAAACAGUCAGAGGGCAGAGUUCAACUUGUGGUUCCUGGGUCCUGUGAGGGUUCACAGGAUGCCUCCGUGGGUGCCGGCUCCUUCUGCUUCCAUUGCCCAGCCUGCUGGGAGCAGGAGCUGGGUAUUCUUCUGCAGGAUGCCCCUCGCGAGCAACUGAAGGUGCCCCUCAGGGCCUUGCCCUCUGGCCAAGUGGUGAGGCUUGUCUUCCCUACAUCCCAGGAGCCCCUGAUGAGGGUGGAGCUGAGGAAAGAAGAAAGACCGAGGGAGCUGGCCGUGCGUCUAGGCUGCGGACCGUGUGCCGAGGAGCAGGCCUUCCUGAGCCGGAGGAAGCGGGUGGUGGCCAGAGCCCUGAAGCAGGUCCUGCAGCUGGGUGAAGACCUGCAGGAGGAUGAGAUUCCAGUGGUAGCAGUUAUGGCCACUGGCGGUGGGAUCCGGGCGAUGGUUUCCCUCUAUGGACAGCUGGCUGGACUGAGGGAGCUGGGUCUCUUGGAUUGCAUCUCCUAUAUCACAGGGGCCUCAGGCUCCACCUGGGCUUUGGCCAACCUCUACGAGGACCCGGAAUGGUCUCAGAAGGACCUGGCAGGGCCGACCGAGUCACUGAAGACACAGGUGACCAAGAGCAAGUUGGGUGUACUCUCUCCCAGCCAGCUGCAGCGGUACCACCGGGAGCUGGGGGAGCGUGCCCGCCUGGGCCACCCGGCCUGCUUCACCAACCUGUGGGCCCUCAUCUGCGAGGCACUGCUGCACGAUGAGCCCCAUAACCACACACUCUCAGACCAGCGAGAGGCCCUGAGUCACGGCCAGAACCCUCUGCCCAUCUACUGUGCCCUUAACACCAAGGAGAAGAAGCUGAGCACCUUUGAAUUUGGAGAGUGGUGUGAGUUCUCCCCCUAUGAGGUUGGCUUUCCCAAGUAUGGUGCCUUCAUCCCCUCUGAGCUCUUCGGCUCUGAGUUCUUCAUGGGGCGCCUGACCAAGCGGCUUCCUGAGUCCCGAAUCUGCUUCCUCGAAGGUAUCUGGAGCAACCUAUAUGCAGCCAACCUCCAGGAUAGUUUAUACUGGGCCUCAGACCCCAGUCAGUUCUGGGACCGCUGGGCACAGGAUCAGGCCAACCUGGACAAGGAGCAGGUCCCUCUUCUAAAGAUAGAAGAGCCUCCCACUGGGACUGGCAGGAUUGUUGAGUUUUUCACUGACCUUCUGACGCGGCGCCCACUGGCCCAGGCCACCCACAAUUUCCUGCAUGGCCUCCAUUUCCACAAGGACUACUUCCAACAUCCUUACUUCUCUACCUGGAAAGCCACCAAACUGGAUGGGCUCCCCAACCAGCUGACACCUGCAGAGCCCCACCUUUGCCUGCUGGAUGUUGGCUACCUUAUCAACACCAGCUUCCCGCCCCUACUGCGGCCCACACGGGACGUGGACCUCAUCCUGUCGCUGGAUUACAACCUCCAAGGAGCCUUUCAGCAACUGCAGCUCCUGGGCCGGUGGUGCCAGGAGCAGGGCAUCCCGUUCCCACCCAUCUCACCCAGCGUUGGAGAGCAGCAGCAGCCAGGAGAGUGCCACUCGUUUUUGGACCCAGACUGCCCCGAGGCCCCAGCUGUGCUGCACUUCCCUCUAGUGGAUGACUCCUUCCAGGAGUACUCGGCCCCUGGCAUCCGGCGCACACCAGAGGAAAAGGCGGCGGGGGAGGUGAACCUAUCUUCCUCCGACUCCCCCUACCACUACUCCAAGGUGACCUACAGCCCAGAGGACAUGGACAAGCUGCUGCGCCUGACCCACUACAACAUCUGCAACAACCGGGAGCAGCUGCUAGAGGCCCUGCGUGCGGCUGUGCAGCGGAGGCGGGAGCGCAGGCAGCGCCACCCCCAGUGA